CGUUUUCUCUUCGCGUGUGUGACACUUAAAAAAAAAAAAAAGCUCCCGCUUCCGCAGCCCAGAGCGCAUGCGCAGGGGGAAGGAAACGCUCGCCCCGUCCUCAUGACGCGGUGGCAAACAGACAGCUGAGGAGCUCAGUGUCUGGGUCAAAAUGGCCGUGGAGAAGCGCCUGGGGUUCGCUAUUGUGCAAUUUCUACGAGACCAAACUCAUCGCAGUGCUUUAAAUUCUGAUGAGCAAGAGAGCCUGGAGGUUGCGAUCCAGUGCUUGGAGACUACCUUCAAGAUCAGCUCCAGUGACUGCCAUCUCGCUGUAUCCCAGCCACUCAGAGAGAUAUUCCUCAACGCUCUGCUCAAGAACGACAACCUCACCGUACCAGAGACGUCCCCGUCUCCUGAAGACAUAGAACGGGCGGAGCAACUUAAAAAUGAAGGGAACAACCAUAUGAAGGAGGAAAACUACAGAUGUGCAGUUGAAUGCUACACAAAGGCCAUAGAUCUGGACCUAAGAAACGCUGUGUAUUACUGCAACAGAGCUGCUGCUCACAGUAAACUGGGUAAUUAUAUUGAGGCGACUGGAGACUGUGAAAGAGCCAUUGGGAUUGACCCAACCUACAGCAAAGCGUAUGGGAGGAUGGGUUUCUUGCAGGACUGGUGACCUGUCCAGGGUGUACCCUGCCUCUUCUCCAUUGACCACUGGAGAUAGAUGAAGUUUCUUGCAACCCUGUUGACUACUUCCAAAGAAAGCUUGAUGUUUCUCUGA